UCAUACAGGUUUAUACGGUCAGACGACGAAGACGACGAGCAGGCUAGUUGGGAGCAACGUGUGGCAAAGAAAUACUAUGACACCUUGUUUAAAGAAUAUGCACUUUGUGAUCUCAAACAUUAUAAAAAGGGCAAGAUCGCCCUACGAUGGCGCACACAGCGUGAAGUAGUCCAUGGAAAAGGUCAAUUUGUCUGUGCAUCGACACGAUGCGACGAAACCAAAGAUCUAAAAAGCUGGGAAGUCAAUUUUGGAUACAUUGAACAUGGGGAGAAGAAGAACGAGCUGGUCAAAGUACGACUAUGCCCGGAUUGUUCCUAUCGUUUAAAUUACAGAACACAAAAACGACAAGUAAAGAAGAAGGAGACGAAACAAAAGCGUGCAAGAUCAGGAUCUAGUGAUGAAGAGGACGUGGAUAACAAACGACAAAGACGACGGAAACAUCGCAAACAUGAAGACGAUAAAUCAUCAUCGGAUCAAGGCGACGAUCAAAGUGGCGAUGAACAACAGCAGAAGGGGAAAGAAGAAAAAGAUGAAGCUUCCUCCAUAUGGAGUAAGCCUAUGGAGUCGAAGCAAGAGAAAACUAAAGAAGAAGAAUUUGAAGAUUAUUUUGCCGAUCUGUUACAAUAA